AUGUCGGCUACUACUCAAGCCAAUGCGGCAGGAACUACGUCCCUUUUAGCCCCAGGUAGCAAUACCAACUCGACCUCAUCACUUUGGGACACUGCAAACGCAAAACUCGAUCCCAGAAUACAAAAGAUCCUCGCGACCGUCAACACAGGCAGCGGUCGCAUAGUUGAUGCCGUGUUGGAUGAGGCCGUCACCCAACAGAGAGUACUAGCUGCCAAGAGAUGGAAGAUGACCAUUCGUGGGAAAGAGGUCAUAUUACGUGACGUGCUGGGAAAGAUUAUUCGGUGGAUUGACCAUUACAAAGCCGUGGGUGAUAUCGCCGUGCAAUUCAAUUCAGGUGCGGCUAGUCUACCCUGGGCAGCUGUUCGGUUCCUGCUGCAAGUUGCCGUCGACGACAAGCAGUAUCUGGAAGCUACGAUCGAGGGGAUUGAGAUUGUCACACAGACCAUUGCUACAUAUGCUGCUGUGGAAACCCUAUAUAUGGACUCGAACUUCCAACUCCAUACCCAGAUUCGCAGCAAAGUCCUCGGACUAUAUGUCCACAUCCUGAGCUUUCUUGGGGAGAGCAUACGCUAUUCCAAUAACGAUGUUACCAUGAUCGAUGAAUCACUGCAGGGUACUAGUGUACGAUCAUUUGUUUUGUAUUACUAUUGCGGCGACAUCCAAGGACACGGCGGCAAAUGCGAUGCGAAGGACGUGAUGCGAAGUUUGUUAAGGCAACUCUCUGUUCAGAACGAAGAAACGUUUGAGAUCGUCGAACAAGUUCACUUAGAGUUCAAGCGGAGAGAGGCAAGGGGGAAGAUUGGCAUGGGAAAUAUGGACAAACUCGAACCACACGAAUGCACACACUGGAUAGCCGAACUUCUCCAAACCGAUCAGGUAACCAUCAUAAUUGAUGCCAUCGACGAGAUAGACGUGGCGGACAGACAUCUUCUGCUAAAUGAGCUGAUAGCGCUUCGAGAUGAUCCAGUCCGUAUAGUGAAGAUGCUGCUGUCCAGUAGAGAUGACACCAACAUUUCCCGGUGGCUAGAAGGGGCAACGGAACUGCGCUUACAAGCGUCACUUACCCAAGCUGACAUGCAACAAUUCAUUGGACAUUGCAUCUCGACCGCGGUCAACAACAAGCAUCUUCUUGAUGGCAAAGAAGACCCUCCCCUUCAAUCAAGACUGGAAUCAUAUCUUCUCGACCGAGCGGAUGGAAUGUUCCGAUGGGUGGAGCUCCAAUUGAGGCAUUUCUGCGACCUGAAGUGGAAACGCAGUAUCGAGCAAGCGAUGUCAGAUCCUUCUGGAGCUUCCAUCCAUACUGUCGAUCAUCUGUAUGCUAAGAUCUUUGAUCAAAUCCUCAAAACGGAUCCUCUGGCGUACGAGGUAGCAGCACAAACUUUCCGGCUAAUCAUGUGUCUGCACGAAACCUUGUCACCCGCAACACUACUUGCCGCAGCAUCCAUCACACGAGACGGAAUUCAGAGCUCUCUGGAGCUUUCCGAUCUACUCCGAAUCUGCUCUCAUCUCGUGGUUCUCGAUGAUGAGCUCGACACGAUCCGAUUCGCCCAUGCUUCGGUCCAAGAAUACUUGUCGCGUCUCCCGGCAUUCAGCAUGAUGGACGCUAAUAGUGCAGCCGCUUCGAGCUGUCUUAUUAGAUGUAUCGACAGCCCACUCCCCGAUCUGACACUCGGUGUUCAACCUUCUCACGAUUUCGACGUGUAUGCAGCGAUGUACUGGCCGCUCCACUACAACGCCGCAAGCGAACAUGACCGUAAUGGGCGUCUAGUAGAUGUCUUGAAAGAAUUCAUGUUCUCUGAUCAAGAGUACAUUUCGCCUUUUCCAUCCUGGAUCGAGACAGUUGGUGAGAUAGUAAAGGCGCUAUCCAGGCCACACACACGUCUCUCGGAUCUCAUUGCCAUCGGGAGCGAAAGCGCCACUCCGUUCUUCACUGCAUGUCUAUACGGGCUAGAAUUUGCCAUCGAAAUCCUGUCCGGAAGAUCAUCUUUUGAUGUCAAUCAGAAGAAUUCGCAUGGACUUACUGGUCUUUACUUGGCCUCAGCUACGGGUCAAAUCCGUGUGGUGAAUAGCCUACUAAAGCUGGGUGCCGAUAUUGCAAUUGAAGGGGGACGUAGCGCAACUCCACUUCAAGCUGCAUGUGCCAAUGGCCACGGAGACAUUGCGCAGCUCAUCAUUGAGUUCCCAUCUCGAAAUACCACAGCUGAAACGAUAGUUUCGGCUAUACAAGCUGCUUUACGUAACGGCCAUGAGGACGUUGCAGUGAUACUUCUAGAGAAGAGUGUUUUGCCGUUUUCGCAAGAUACCCUUGACCGAGUCUUUGAAGCUGCCGCAGGAAUGGGCUUCACAGAACUCAUGGACUCCCUGCACUCGACAUCGAAGUCACCCAGCGGGACUAAAAAAUCUUCAAUCAAAGACGCGAUCAGGGUUUUCCAAGAUAGUAAAAUCGAUCGGUUUCGAAACUACUUCAAAACCAAAGCGCUGCCUAACGACGCCAUCGCAACGGCUGCAUUCGACGGCCAGAACAAGAUCAUCGAAUUUUGCCUCGACAAGGGUCUCGACAUCGAGCACGAAGGACCCUUCGGAACGCCACUUCGUGCAGCAAGCCUGAUGGGCCAUGGCACGACUGUGCGAUUACUUCUCGACAAAAAUGCGGCAGUCAAUGCAAACGGAACAUUCGGCGAUGCGCUUCAAGCAGCCGCGAUGAGAGGUCACUUAUCUAUCACCACAACGCUGAUAAGAAGUGGUGCAGCUGUGGACAACUCUGGUGGUUACUACGGCAAUGCGCUGCAGGCAGCCACGUAUCGCGGUCACAUCGACGUUGUAAAAGCCCUCCUUGCAGCAGGCGCUUCUAUCGGUCAAAAAGGUCUGUUCAACGAUGCUCUGAGCGCAGCGGUAUCGGCAGGCGAUCAUCCCAUUGCGAAUAUGCUUCUACGAAGCGGCUACCGAAGCCCACAUUUCCUGGAUGAGGAUGAGGUGAAUGAGGUGACGAUGCGCCAUAGGAAGAUGGGUCCUCCAUCGCACGUUGAUCUACUAUCAGAGCUUGACUCUGCAUAUCAUUCUCGGCGCACUCGACAGGCAGAUCGAGCGAAGGUGAUCAGAGGACGAGAUGUCAGCUUUGAAGAGGCAUACAAGAAGGUCCAUGACGGUGUCGAAGUCGAAAGUGUUACAGAACUCGCGGACUCUAAGCAACACCAAGGGUAUGGAUCUCAAGCUUUGCUUCUUGCUACAGAGACUGGUCAAGAAUCUAUCGUCAGAAGUAUGUUGGACCACCGCUUCGCCAUUGGGCUUUCGUUGCUUGACAUCGGCAUCGUGCUAAAGGCAGCUUCUGCGGCUGGUAGACUCGGUAUUGUUGACUACAUUCUCCUGUUACCGGACCUACCAAGAAAACACAUUCCACGAGCAUUGGAGCGCGCAGCUUGGUAUGGGCAUGUCGCCGUUACGAAGCGGCUUCUCGAAUGUGAGGAAGCAUAUGGUCCUCCACCACACUCACGUUAUGCUCCGUUCACGCCGAGGGGACAGGAUUUCAUACCUUUACUUACGAGCAGAAGGCUCUUGGUUGAGGAAAGUUGCAAAGAUGAUGACUUCCCAAUGGGAUACAGGCAACUUGAAGAAGUGUCCAGUGACAAGGAAAGCCGGUGGUCGGACUAUUUUCCCGUUCUGUACCAAGUGGUCAAGACGAACGAAACGACUGGGAACGGCCAUAUUAUGAGAAUCCUUCUACUAGGAUGUCGAGCCAAUACACCAGCGACAGUAGAGUUUGCACUGCAAUUGGCUGCAGAAUCAGAGUUACAGGAUGUACUCGUGGCCGCUCUUGGGAUCACGAUUGAGUCUGAUAGCGAACGAGCCUUAGAAGUACUCCUUCGACAUUACCCUGUCGUUCAUGCAACCGUGCUCAAAAAGGCUUGUGCUCAAGCGGAAGGGCAUUCAUCUUUUCGCGCGCUCUACGUCCUCUUGGCACACAACAGCGAUCAUGGUUACCAGUUGCAAGACUACUGGAAGGUUUUCCAAGGUGCAGCUAUUACCAAACACAGUGCACUCAUUUCUUAUCUGUGUACCCAAACAUUGAACUGGCAAGAGGACUCAGUGUUUGCACGACACUUCGUUGAAGCUGCGCAGCGAGGCUACGCCUCCGCAAUGGACACUUGGGAAAUACGGUUAUGUCAAGUUGUCGACCAUAAGCUCUUGAUGUCGCAGGCUCUGGACCAAGCAUGUGCAAAUGGACAUGCUGUGGUGGUGUCGUAUCUCAUCGAACGCGGAGUUGAUGUCAACGCACUUGUUGAGAAAGCCGUGCAACCUUCCAGACCCGGUGGUUACUACUCAACGUCUCGGAAGAGGGACGGAGUCACUAAGAAUGAAGUCUGGCCAAGGACAGCACUACAGGCCUGCCUUCAAGCCACCCCGCAAUGUGAUCGAAUCCAUGGAAGCACGCAUGAUAGAAUCGAGGAGUUCCGCGACGAGAAACGAAACUUUCUUAGCAAACAACAAGCCGUGAUCGAGUUACUAUUGGACAAAAAAGCAAAUGUCAAUGCCAUCGACAGUCAUGGGCGAAGCGCUUUACAUUCCGCGGCUCUGUGUUGUCCCUUGGAAACGGUCCAGAUGAUAUUAGAGAAUGGUGCAGCGAUUGAUAUACUCGACAAGGCCAACAGAACGCCUCUAUUCUACGCUGCAUGGAGAGAAAUCGACUCACUCGCUGUUUUCGAGGUUCUGACCAAAGCUGAGGCACAUGCAACCAGCCGAUCAGCGCCCCGCACUUCUCCAACUCUACUUUUGGACGCCACGCUUUCAACGUUCAGGGAGGGUUUCAUCGAGUCCGAAUCUGUUCACCAAGUGUUGACUACUGGUCCGGGAGCCGCCAUACGAUACCUUUUGCAGUCACAACCUGACCUACAGGCCACUGCGACUGGAUUUACUCUCCUACUCCAAAUGGCGUCAGCAGACGGCGAUAUGGAGCUCGUACAGUUACUCAUAGAGCGGAAUGUUGAUGUCAAGGCUGUAGCUCACCACUAUGGAACUGCACUGCAUGCUGCCGCUCGAUUCGGUCAUCUGGAAUGCGUCAAACUGCUUGUGGAGGCUGGCACCGAGAUUGCUCUGACCGCAGGUAUAUCUCACUGGACCCCACUACGCGCGGCAGUAGAAGGCCAAUACCUAGCGGUCGUGCACUAUUUGCUCGAUUUGGGUGCCAUGCAAUCGUGUAACAUCUCCACUGAUCAAGUAUCGACGGAAUACGGAGGAGGAGUUCGCUCGAUGUUGACUCUUGCCUGCCACAACGGUAACAUCGAGAUAGCAACACUCUUGCUCUUUCACCCGGAACAUAACACCUUGAAGCCCGACCAGACAGAGACGAGGCGUACUCAGUUUAUGGACAUGUCGAGAGCGCUACACGAAGCUUGUGAAAAUGGCCACGCAGAUAUUGCCGCACUAUUAAUCGAGUAUGGGGUAGACGUCGAAGAGAAGUCUGGGCAGUCUUUAUCUCCACUGACAAGUGCUGCCACUGCUGGAAAUCUCGAAACAAUGAAAAUCCUACUGGCCGCGGGAGCCACCUUGUACGAUGCUGAGCGAGCCAUCAACAUCUUAAGGACACUUGUCGUAGGAGAGAAACCAAAGGAUGUCAUCGACUUCGUUAUUGCUCGUCUGCUGGGUACAGACGAUUUCAUCCAUGCCUGUAAAGAGGUGCCUGCUUACAUGCGCGCUUGGCAAGAAGACGCCAGAUUUGUUCUCCAUGUCGAUACCUUGCAGAACUCCGAAAAGCUGCUUGUCGACCUUACAGCUCUAGGGGCUCAACAAAGUAUUGAGCUUCUGCUGGACAGCUCGAUCAAAGCGGCUGAUGUGAAGCCUGCGGUGCUUCAGGCAGCAGCCUACUUCCAGAGCUUCAACGUUCUUUUCAGGCUCUUGCCGAUUGUAGUAAUACCGCAACCCUUCCCGUCAGGAUAUCAUUCCCCAGUCUACGCCCUCCUCGAAGGUCUCAUGCCUAUAAAAUCGAAGACAGGGAGGUCCCUUAUCAGCCUAUGCUGCGAGACUUGGGCCAAAGAUUCUUUCCUGUACCCCUCGCUUCCAGGCCAGCCAGAGAAGGAAUGUACAUGCAACAAUACCCGAUCCGCUACCAAUGAAGCUAUAAUGAAGCUUGCGCAGAUUGACGACAGCCAUAUCUGCGCUACAGCUGGCACCUUACACCUAGCUUCUUACCUGGGAAUGCUACAAGUUGUUCAAGUCUGUCUUGAGCUCGGUGUUGACAUCAACCAGCAUCAUGACUCAUUCGGGUCUGCGUUGAUCGCUGGAAUCGAAGGUGCUAGUUUGGAGGUAGUUACCUUACUGCUACAGCGUCACAUCGACGUAAACGCGACAGCUAGUGAACUUGGAACCCCCCUCUACCCUACAUACAAGACGCAACAAAAGAGGCUACAGGCUUUCGCAAAUCCUUCAACUCCCAGCCCUGGGACAGCGCUACAUAAGGCCUGUCAAAACGGGAAUCUCGAAAUGACUGAAGUCCUUCUCGAACAUGGCGCUGAAGUCAAUGUGUCAAUACCUGGCAAGGGGACACCUGUGGACAUUGCAUGCGAAAGAAGAGACGAAAAAUUGCUCAAAUUACUCCUGACGUUUGGUGCCGACAUUGACAUCGUUUCACCUGAUCUGGGAUCAGCCUUGCAUGUAGCAUGUAAAUCCCAUGACUCUGGCUUAGUCAGAAUACUCCUGCAACACGGCGCCAAUGUCAACAUGUUCUCAUCAAAUCAUGGAACACCGCUUCAUGUCGCUUGCGCCGGGAACGGAGACCAUGCAAUAAUACAGCUACUACUGGACCACGGUGCGGACCUCAACUCAGAGGGAAGCAAGGGAGAAACUCCACUCACUUCAAUCUUAUCGCAAGACGACAAGUACUUCUCUGAGCGAUUGGUGGACUCUCUUCUCAAGACUGAGCAGAAGCUAAACGCCACCGAGAACGAUUUGAACCGAUUAGUGUCCUCGACAUCUGGGAUCCAAGCCUGCAAGCGGGCACUAGCAGACAAUACGCAUCUGCAGCCUACAACCGAGACUAUUCGAUCGUUACUUGCUGGUAUUGGCUAUCACGAUUCAGACAUACUUCGCCUGCUUCUUGCAAGGGCGCCACAUCUCGAGAUCACACUGGACAUGGUCAAGAAGGCUGGCAAUCUCGAAAACUUUAAGCUUUUGACACAACACGGGUCUUGUACCAAGAUCACGGCAGAUUUGAUGGAAAGCUUUCUGGACCCGUUGGAGUUAGACCUAAUAAAGUACUCCGUUCAGUCUGCGCCUGAAGUCAAACCACCGCCCGCCGUCGUGAAAGCUGUCAGAGCCAUUGUGGAACGACCGGAGCCCAAGUCUGAUGGAACCCACGAAGGCGAUUUGUGGGUGUCCUUUGUGCAAUAUCGCCAAGGUAUUCAGAAACCGAAAGCAAAAGAGAUCAUGGACCUUGUCGUGACUCGAUAUCCUGAUGUCCUCAAGAGCAAUUCCAGGGUAUGCGUUUUGUUGUAG